AUGUCGUCCUCGCAGUCGCCGGAGCUCUGCACGCCGGGGACGCCCUCCCCGGUCCUCAGCGUCCGCAUCGUCUCGCUCGACUACUACAUGGCGCCGCCCCUCCCGGGCUUCGGCUUCUCCCGCAGCCCCUUCCACGGAGAGGAGGUGCCGGUGGUCAGGAUCUACGGCUCCACCCCCGCGGGCCAGAAGGCUUGCCUUCACAUCCACCGGGUGCUGCCAUAUUUUUAUAUACCUUGUCCAGAGGAGCUGCUCUGUAAUCUAGAAAAAGGUGAGUCAUAUAUAACUGGUCUCUUGAGUGACCUUGAGAAAGCUUUGCAGGCUUGCGGACCAUCAAAACGGAAGCAUGUGCAUGGAUGUAACCUUGUUAGAGCAAAGAAGUUGUACGGUUACCAUUCGUCCGAGGAGCUUUUUAUGAAGAUCUAUCUAUAUUACCCUCAUGAAGUUUCUCGAGCUGCUUCCCUUGUGUUGAGUGGUGCUGUUUCUAAUAAAGCAUUUCAGCCUUAUGAAUCUCACAUUCCAUAUCUUCUUCACUUUUUGGUUGACUACAACUUGUAUGGAAUGGGACAUAUACAUGUCAAAGACUUCAAGUUUCGUCCUCCAUUGCCAGAUGAUUUUCAUCCUAAGUCAUUUUUUCGGCGCUACCUCUUCCGUUUAACUGAAGACUCUGUUGCCAUGGCUCUUCACUGCUGCUUGGGUGGUUCUCCUGCUGGCUUCCAUGUUGUAUUCGAAAGUGAUCGUCAUUUUCGCUUCUCAGUUAGCAAUAAGCAAGUUGGUUUUCUGAUUCGAUCUCUCAAGCGAAUCACCAUAGAGCAGUUUGAUGUUUAUUUCCAUCUAUGGCACGAUGGUGGUGCCAAUUGGGUGAAAGAAAAAAUCAAGUGGCAGAAAGAAGAAGAGAACAGCUGGACCAUCCAGACAAAUCGCAAGAACAAGCGGAAUUCUGCUCGCAAGAAGGUUUCAUUUCAUCACAAGCUCGUCCAAGACUCACCAAUCACCAAAUCUCAGCCAAGAGAGCUCAACUCGGUAAUCAAGAUUGGUAGUUUUUAUUGCCCUUUUGAUCCUAUAGAUUCCUCCUUAGUUCGGGAUUUCACUGAGGAUUCUCUUCCUUUGGACCGGGAGUUUGGUACUGAUUCUUCUCAAUUCAACAAAGAUUUUCACAAAGGGCCUCGAAGUUCUUCAGGUAGCAACAGAGAUGUUCCAGUGUACUCUGUUUUUCAAAAACUCAAAAGAGAUCUUCGCAUUGAUGAGAAUGGUGGUCGUUCCAAAUGCCCCAUGCAGUAUAAAGAAGCCAUUAAUGGGAAUGCCCCCCAAGGUGAUCGCUUUAUCUUCCCCUCUAAUGCUUCCCGCUGUUGCUUUAGAUGCCUAAGUCCAGGGCACUUCGUCAGAGAUUGUUUUAGUGAUAUUCGCUGUAUCUACUGCUUUAACUAUGGUCACAAGGCCCGAGUCUGUGUUAAACGGCGGGUUGCCGCAAAACUUAAAUGGGUUUCAAGGUCCAGUAAGCCGCCCUCGUUCAUGGAGCCAAGCCACACUCUUGCUGAACCCUCCAUCCAAUGGAAUCACACCACCACCCCAAGUGUUGGUGCUUGUGUCACUCAGAUCCUGCCAGCUCCUGAAGACCACCAACCAACUCUAAAGAUAGCAACUCAGCUAGUAGAGCUUUCCCCUGCAAGAAAUGCCCCUGUCACAAAAGUUUACUACAGGAAAAGACUCAAGAACAAAGCCAUAGAAUCUGAAAUUCAGCUAAGACAGAACAAGUUUUCCUGCACCUCCCUCAAGAUUAUGCUCUCAUAA